CGCGUUAAACUUUGAUUCGACAGGGAAAAGGAGCCAAAGCCUUUCUCUGACUGCAGGAGAAAAAGGGGAUUCGGUGACUUAGAGCUCCAGCCCCGUAAAGCUAUCACAGAGGAUGAUGGUCCCAGAUAAAUAACAUAUGUUGCAUUUCUGAAGAGCCUGAAUAACUGCCUAAACAUACCGUGCAACAGGCGCUUUGCAUACAGCUGUGCUUUUAAUUCACUGGGGAGCUUCAUUACAAGGAUGCGGAUCAUGUUAAGUUAAGGAAGCACGGAUACCAAAAAUCUGUAUACUCUCUUCUAUUUUUAUUUUUCAAGCAAAGAGUUAUUGCUGAGUUAGAGGAUACAAUUUUUGACCUUUUUUUUUCUUCUCAAGAAUGACACACUAACCACAGGAAGGCUCACUGAACACUGUUUCCAGCCAAAGUACACCUAGGGCAUGCCUUUGAUGACGGGUGCAACGACAGAGCGGUGAACGGGUCUUGCUACUUCUCCAGAGUUGGAAGUUUAAGACCUACUCCAGGCUCAGGUCAAAGGCCACCCCCAGUAGACCCCAAUGUAAAUGGGUCCUUGGUCAUUCUGGCUGGAAAAUGAAAAGCAGCCGGUUGUUAUACUGGCUACAUCCCUCCCUUGUAUAUGGUGGACUAAGAAACCAGUAUGUCUUAGUCACAGUAGCUUACUGGGACAUUAGGCUUGGAUGAACAUUUGAUACUGCAAAUAAUGGUCCCUCUUCAACAUCAGCAGCCCAAACCCAACCCCAUGAAGUUUUACAGUAUGCUCUGAAGAUCAAUAAAAUUGGAUUAUUUUGAAACAAGUGGGGAGGGAAUUCAUGGACAGCUCCUGUCCUGUAGAUUGUGAUCCCAUUUAAUCAACUCACCUCUGGGAACAGCUCUGCUAGCAGGAGUCAGAAGGUUUCACAAUCACCCUGUAAAAUGCAUACUCUUAGCUAUUUUAGGCAGGGGGAAACUCAGGCAUAAAGGAAGCCGAGAAACUUUAAUCACAGGGCAAUAAGUGCUAGGUCCUCAACUAAAACACACAUAUCUCACGGCUCCCAAAUCUCUGGGAUCUCUUCCUUGCCUCCCCCACCUUCCCGCAUGGGUUUUUUCUAAACUGGAAUAAGGAAAACAUGUUCUGUAAACAGAGAGCGUCACAUGUGACCCGUUUCCUGGAGCCAUCCCUGCUGUUUGCUGUUGUUGCGAGGAGGAAGGUAGAUGGUUUCCCUCACAGGAAGCCUAGGCAAUGGUUUAUAAAGAAACAUGCCAAACAAUGGAGUAAGUGGCAUGACGGGAAGAAAGCAAACAGCCGGCAGAGGGGAAUCGAUGUGUGUUGCCUUGGGGCAGAGGGGAAAACACACUGCACCCUUCAGUCAGUCCGAUUCGGGACCUGGCAGCAGCGUGAUGGAUGGGACGUGUUGCAGAUGGAGCCCUGACAACAAGAGCCAUGAAACUGUACAUCUUACUCUUCCUGGCAGUGGUGAAUAAAGGGAUCUCUACCUAUAGGCCCUCGGAAGAGUCACCCUGUGAAAUGGUGAACAUGGAGGCAAUCUGUCACAGCAAAGAUCUUCACCAUAUCCCUCCUGAGCUCCAUCCCAAUGUAAAUAAAAUAGAUUUUUCUGGAAAUCAGAUACAAAAUAUCCCUUUAAAGCCACUGUCAUUUUAUACAUCGCUGCAGCAUUUGUAUUUCAACUCCAAUCAAAUAAGUUUUAUUGAACAGGGAGUGUUUGCACACAUGACAAGCUUGGUGGAGAUCAAUUUAGCCCAUAAUCGAUUGGAUAGGUUUAUUCAGCACAGAACGCGAGGGGUCGGACUUCUACCCAACGUCGCCACAUUGGACUUGUCCCACAAUAGCCUUUACAAUGGGAUGACUGAGUAUUUCACACAUGAAGCACCGUCACUCCAGUACCUUUCCUUGGCAGAAAAUAGCAUUACAUUGAUAUCACGUAGGACGUUUCAGGGGUCUCCCGCUCUUGUCGAGGUUGACCUCCACAGCAACAUCAUCAUGGAAAUAGAAGAAGGCGCUUUUGAAGCUCUGCUGAAUCUCUCCAAACUCAAUCUCUCCAUGAACUCCAUCACAUGCAUUGCUGACUUCAGCCUCAGGCAGCUGCAAAUAUUGGACCUUAGUAGGAACAGCAUAGAGUCUUUUCACACCACAGAGUCAGAGGAAGAAUUUAAUAUGACGUGGCUGGAUCUUAGUGAGAACAAGCUUAUGUACUUCCCAACUUUCCCCCAGGUGAACAAGCUGGUGUUUCUGAAUUUAUCUAAGAAUUUAAUUCAGCUUUCUGCAGAAUCCCCUCGUGACAGUGUGGACUAUAUGGAAAGAGAUUGGCUGGGAGCUCCUUUUCACAAUUUAGAUCAGAACCAACAUAGAAAUAAAAGUGAAGCUCCUUUUCAUAUUUUAGAUCAGAACCAACAUAGAAAUAAAAGUGCUCUGUCUCUACCCCAGCUUUCAUAUCUAGACUUAAGUUAUAAUGAGAUCAAAUCCAUCCCCACUGAAUUUUUUGACUCCAUGUUCUCUCUCCAGUUUCUCAAUCUCAGUAAAAACUGCCUCCAGACUUUCUCCAUAAAUCACGACAGUGCAUUAAUCUCACUAACAGUUCUUGAUUUAAGCUUUAACGCGCUACAGAGCCUUGUCCUAGAUGCCAGCACAUUGCUUGAUUUACAAGAGCUCUACAUUCAAAGCAAUCAUCUUCAAGCCUUGCCAUUCGAUAUCUUUGCAAGGCUGCCCAGGAUCAAAUUGCUUCAUCUCCAGAAUAAUAAUAUUAGCCUUUGCAGCAUGUAUUCAGGAUUAGUUAAACAAAGGCUUGCCGGUGAGGAAAAUGGCUGUAUAUCAUUUGUCGAUUAUCCUACUCUUCAGUACUUAUACCUAGCUGACAACAUGUUGAGAAGCCUACCAAAAUAUACUUUCUAUAAGACUUCACUAAUUGUCUUGGAUCUCUCUAUAAACCCAGGGCUGAAAAUAGAGGCUAAGGCAUUAUCAGGACUGGAAAAUUCGCUUGAAUAUUUGCAAUUGCAUGGCAACAGCAUAACAGAUUUAAAUAUCGACCUGCCUUAUUUUAGUGUCCUGAAAUAUUUAAAUCUCUCAGAAAAUCAGCUGAGCUGGUUACCAAAGUGGGGUCAGGAUGCUUCUUUGGAAGUUCUGGAUCUCCGGAACAACAGGUUUAGUACGCUAGAGAAAAGUAAUAUUUUGGCUUUAGAGCCUUCUCUAAAGAGCUUGUACCUUUCUGGAAACCCGCUGAGCUGCUGUGAAAAUGUCUGGCUCUCUGCCAUGAUCCAGAAUAAAAAUGUAGAGCUCCCCAAUGCAGAACAGAUAACGUGCCAGUACUCCAAGAGCUUUGGCUUCCAAGAAGAAAUAUCCAUUAGCAACAUAAAACCACAAGACUGUGAAAAAGAGGAUCUAAAGAAAAUUAACUUGCUCAUUAUACUAACGUUUGCAUUGGUGUUGAUAGUUAUCAUCAUUGGCGUGUGCUCGUUUUGUUGGUUCCGCAGAGAAAGGUUUGGCCAGCAAUUUAAAGCAUAGCUCAUGGACUAACUUGGUGACACUUCAAACCAGGUGCUGCGCUACAGACUGCAGAAAUGAAGGGAAACGUUUCUUAUUUUUGAUAUCAACUAUGGACGUUAAGCCUAUUGCCAUUCUGCUCUCAGCUGCACCAGUAUCAUUGCUUAGGGUUGCAAUAUCCUAACAUCUGGGAGGAGAAUUUGUUAUAUAUUGCACUUGUUCCAAGCUGAAACAGAACUGUGAAACUGCAUAUGUAAAACUCUGCUUGCAUGAGUUUUUUUGAUCUUAAAAAAAAUGCCUGGGGCCCUAUAAAACCAUCACUGAAACUCAAAGCACGGUCUUUGGCUAUCCCUAGAUACUUGAUCUUUGCAAACAUUUUUAUCAUGGUUUAAAGUCAUUUUUUGUGACAAUAGGUGGACCAAUGAAUCACACCCCGGGUGUGAUAAGUCCUUGUGCACUGUCUUAAUGAACCCGUGUGUUCGUACCACUUGGAUCCAAGUUUUGUUGUGUCACAACUUCAGGACAGUUCAUUUCAAAGGAGGUAAAGCCACGGGAGGCAAGACCAGUGAGAACUAGAGCUGGCUCUAGCCCUUUCACUGCCUUGGGCAAAAUAAAUGUUCCCUAAUCACAUAAGUAACCAGGCUAAACAGCUAGAAAUCACUAGAGAUGCCUCCCCUUCAAUUAUGCCACCCUGAGCAACUGCCCAGUUUGUCCACAGUUUGGUUCUGCCCAGAUAAAUACCAAUAUGUGAUUUUUUUGCUCUUCCAAGUCAACCACAAAUUUCCCAUUCAGUACAAAGCAAGCAGAAGAAAGCUAGGCAUCUCAGGAACAAAAAGUCGAUGGAGCUCAGGACUGCCACUUUGAUACAAAUAAAUAUUUCCAGGUGUUUUUAGGGAUCAAAAGGGCCUCCCAUCCCAAAACUAUAGGCCUCUAUUGCUUGAGUUAAGGAGAUCCCAACCAGAUAGUAUAGGGUUGUCAAUCUUACCCCAUGCCCUAGACUGGGUCUGGACUGUGGGGAUCCUUUAUGGGCUGGAUCCAGGGGCAACACAAGCACGCAAAGCAGUGGGACAAGCAGCAAUGGGACAAGUGGUCACGUGUCACCGUGGAGGCAGCUCAAGUGGUGGUGGCAGCAGGACAAGUGCUUAUAUGUUAACUGGCCGCAGGGCACAUGGGGCUGCAUCAGCACAGCCCUCGCUCACCUGCCCGCUGCCAAGGGUCAUGUUUGACACCCCUGAGUAGAUAUGAGGCAGUUCCAGUCCCUGGGGCUACUCAGUAAAGGAGGACAUGCUUACACACACUAAGCAGCGUCUAUAAUGCCUCCUAGAAAUUGCACAGAAAUCUGCACUGAGGAUCCCAGUUCCACCCUUCAGCUCAGAGGAGAGACAUUUGUCCAGAGAGUGCAAUAGGUAUUUUACUGGCUGUUACAUGAAGAAAUUCAUUUCUUUGGAGACGCUUAUCAAAAUCUUUCCCAGAGGAUGAAUUGCAAGCGGCAAAUAAUCAGACCUAACUAUUUGUAUUUUUACAAACACACAGCCAUUUCAAACUCCCUGUGAAUAGUUCCACUUCAGUGCAUGAAAAUAAGGUCAAAGAAAGGGGAUGGGGCUGGAGGACUGGGCCUAUACACCAGGACUCAGGCAGUAAAAUGAGUUUGGCAAGCCCCAAACCUAAAGAAUGUAUUAGGGGGGACACACAAGUCUUGCAUCUACUCUACUAAGCUAUCCAGGCCACGUGGUGGCAGAGUGGUUGAAAUGUCUCACAAUGGCUUCAAAGAUGUAGAUUUGAGCUUCACUCCGGACUCAUACUAAGAGUUUCAUAAUGAGAUUCAUAGAUGUUAGGGGCUGGAAGGGACCUUACAAGAUCAGUGGGUCCAGCCCCCCAACACUUGCACAGGAAAGACAACGGGGGUCAGAUGUUGUCCCCAGCUAAUCCAGCUGCAAAUGAAUACCUAGUCGUUUGGGCUACGGAGUCAAAUGUGGCUACAUAUGAAGGCUAGCCCCAUCCACUCACCUUGAAUGCCAGUGGCUACAGAAACCAUUUUGCUCUUAAAUCACACUAGCCUAAUGGGUUGUUAGGCUUGGAUGACCCUUUGACUAUUUUUUGCUUAGACUGUCCAAUUCAUCACCACCUGAUGGAAAGAAAGACAUAGUCACCAAAAGCUUGAACAAACUCCAGCUGAAGCUCACCGAUCUCUACAGGAGAGGGGCCAAGCCCCAAGAUUUCAAUUAUGUGCAAAUGCCAAGAGUCGGACUUUACAGAGCAUAAUAUCCAAAUGCUCAAAUAGCAUAACAGGGGUGUCAAACUCAUCCAUGCCUGGGCUGGAUCUGCCUGGUGAUUUGGAUGCAACAACAGUGGUGGAGCACAUGGCAGCGACAGCUUCAGGGGUUAAUGCAGCUGUUCUUCACCGCCUGCCGCUGACAUGCUUCUCAAACAGGGCUCCUUGCCCCAGAUUUUGGUGGCCGGCUCCACUCCCACUUGCCCAGAAAUCCCAGCCCCCCCUAUGAGCUACACGACACAUCUCCGCAGGCUGCAAGUUUGACACCCCUGAUCUAAUCCAAACCUGCCGGGUAAGAAACUCUGAAUUAAGUUGCUGCUCUAGUCCGUUAUUGGUGGGUCCCCACCCUGCCCCCACCCAGCUACUGAAUGUCAAAACUAGCACACUACAAAUAAUAAUUGUAUAGUCAUGUUUUGAAAGUAAUUCUGUAAGAAAAUGGCUUGUAGCAUUCAUUGUUGGGAUUUUGUAAAACAAAUGCACCUUCCAACUUUGUAAAAUGCACAGACGUGAAUAUAUUAAAGCACCGGUUUGGAGUACUCCGGAG